GUGCUUUCUAUAUCUAUAUUGGGAUCAAAGGAAUUCAUCUACAAAGAAUACACAUCGGUGAGCCGCAUCUAGAUAUUCGUGCAUCAUGACAUAGAAUUACGUUUGAGAACUGUGGAUAUUUGAAAAGUAUAAUAAGAGUUUAAGCUGAUUUCUACAAAUUUCAACAAUUAUAAAAAUGAAAAAUAUUGAGAUAAAAGCAAGAAUUCAGGAUAUUGAUCUUGCUAUUUUAAAAGCCAAAGAAUUGAGUAAUAGUGAUGGACAAAUAAUAACGCAGCAUGAUAUUUUCUUUAAUGCAACAAAAUCAAGAUUAAAAUUACGAAAAUUUGAGGAUGGUACUGCACAAUUAAUUUCCUACAUGCGACCCAAUACAGCAGGACCGAAAAUAUCUCUUUAUGACAAAGCAUCCAUCGAUGCAGAUACUGUAAACUUAAUGGAACAUAUUUUGUCGAGUUCCAUUGGUGUGUCAGGGGUUGUUAAAAAGACAAGACAUAUAUAUAUUGUUGGGCAAACACGAAUACACAUUGAUAAUGUUGAUAAUUUGGGCAAUUUUAUAGAAUUAGAGGUAAUGAUGCGAUCAGAUGAUAAGAAUUUAUCAGAUUGCGACGAGGAAACCGCAGAGAAGAUUGCUGUUGAUCUUAUGAAAGCACUAUCAGUAAAAGAAGAAGAUUUAAUCGCGGAAGCGUAUGUAGAUUUACUCAAUCGUGCAUAAUGGAUUUUAUUUUCUGUAUAGAUGUAAAAUAAUGAUUAAUUUAUAUUGAAUCAAAGAUAAAAAAGCAUAAAUGUA